GAUCCGGGCCCGGCGGGAAGGGGGGAGCCCCAAGCCUCGCCCGCCCGAGGGCUCCCAGGCGGCCGGCAGCUCCGGCGGCUCUUCCCGGUCGGGGCUGGGCGAGAAGCCCGGGAGCUGGUCCAGAUCGGGGGCUCGGUGUUUGUGGCUCAGCUGCUGGGCUUCCUGAUCAGCGUGGUCAGCUCCAUCUUCUGCGGCCAUCUGGGAAAAGCCGAGCUAGACGCGGUCACGCUGGCCGUAUCGGUGGUCAACGUCAUCGGCAUUUCCAUCGGAACCGGGCUGGCGUCUGUCUGUGACACCCUCAUGUCCCAGACCUACGGCAGUAGGAACGUGAAGCGCGUGGGCACGAUCCUCCAGCGGGGGAUCCUGAUCCUGCUCCUUUUCUGCUUUCCCUGCUGGGCCAUCUUUCUCAACACCGAACGGAUCCUGCUGCUCUGCAGACAAGACCCGGAGGUUUCCAGAUUAACGCAAGUCUACGUCUUGAUAUUUAUUCCUGCACUUCCAGCAGCCUUCAUCUACCAGUUGCAGACACGCUACUUACAAAGCCAGGCCAUUCUUCUGCCCCAGGUGAUAACGGGGGUGGCCGCCAACAUCUUAAACAUCAUCAUGAACUCGGUCUUCCUUUACACCUUCGAGCUGGGCGUGGUAGGCUCAGCCUGGGCUAACACGUUAUCUCAGAAUUUGCAAGCCAUUCUCCUUUUCCUCUACGUCUGGUGGAAGAAGAUUCACAAGGAAACCUGGGGAGGUUGGACCCUGGACUGUUUGCAGGAUUGGGGCUCCUUCAUGCGCCUCGCGGUCCCCAGUAUGCUCAUGAUGUGCAUUGAGUGGUGGACCUUCGAGAUCGGCAGCUUCCUAGCAGGCAUGAUCAGCGUGGUGGAACUGGGGGCUCAAUCCAUCAUCUACGAACUAGCUACUGUUGCCUACCUGUUGCCGCAAGGGAUGAGCGUAGCCUCCAGUGUCCGAGUGGGCAAUGCGUUGGGAGCCGGAAACGCCGAUCAAGCCAAGCGGUCCUGCAUCACGGGUCUCCUCUGCACCGGGGCCUUUGCUGUGGUGUUUUCUGGCCUCCUGGCGGCCGUCAAGGAUGUGGUCGCUUACAUUUUUACCAGCGACAGAGAAAUUGUUGCCUUAGUUUCCAAGGUUAUGAUGAUUUUCGCUCCUUUCCAUCUGUUUGAUGCUAUCGCAGCCACGUGCGGUGGGAUCCUGCGAGGCGCUGGGAAGCAGAAGAUCGGGGCCCUGGCCAACGCCAUCGGAUACUAUGCCAUCGGUUUGCCCAUCGGGAUCACGCUUAUGUUCGGGUACAACCUGGGAGUAAUGGGACUCUGGACCGGCUUGAUUGUCUGCAUCUCCCUGCAGGCUUUUUCUUUCCUGAUCGUGGUCUUGCGAACCGACUGGAAGAAAUCGGCUGAGGAGGCCCAAAUCCGUGCAGGCUUGAUAGCCAGGCUCCAAACUGUGACUGACGCCAAAGAAAACCCUAUUGAGAAACCUGUUUCUUUAGCCUAUCUGGCGACCGAACCUGGGGUUCCCAACGGAGACGCGCUCAGCGACGCGGGUCACGAGAGCGAAAUGGUGCCGGAGCACCAGUUCAUCCUGUCGGAAGAGCCCCCGCAAGCAGAAAUCCUGUCUGGGAAAGAGCUGGCCAUUCGCCGCGGGCUGGCUCUGGCGUCGGCCGUCGGUAUCCUGAUCAUCGGGGUCACAAUCCGCCUCCUGCUGCCCAACAGAUAGAAACCAGGGACCUGAAGUGGGUGAAAGUCAGGAGCCGAUGGCUCUCUUCCGGCCAGAGACGGCCCCGUCUCCGUCAGAGAGGUUUCCAGAAUCUUCUCCAUUGGCCUAGAAACUCUUCCUUUAAGGCCGGCUAGGGCACCUUCUCCAGACCGACGUGAGUGGUUUGUUUUGGCCUGGAUCCGGCCAUUGACCGAAACUUGUUGAAAGCCACUUUAGUUAAAAGUUUGGCCCGAAGUUCAAAGCUGAAUGUUACCGGCUGGAAUUCACUGGUCCCGUAGGAUCCCUCUAUCCACGGGAUCAUUAUCCGCUGACUCUUUUAUCCACUGCCUGAGAAUGUUAAUUAACAAACCCUUCCUGAGAACUUACUAUAUCGCAAAACCAAAUGACAGUGGUUGAGUCUAGGCGCCUGAGACAAACUGAAAGCCGGCUGGCCGAAAACGGUGCCUUCCAUGGUCCCUAAAUUUUUCGUAAUUCUGUGUUUUGUGACGGUUUGGGGUUUUUACGAAUAAAUAAGGUUUUCUUAAGGACUGAA